AAACGACCUCCGAUCCUUCCCUCAUCGAUCACCAUCUUUGCAUAUAUACAUACGCCAACAUAUAUCAUAUCGUCUUUGCAGCAAGCAAAAUCAAGCACAUUAGUAUAUAUAUAUAUAAAAAAAAAAAAACUGAAUGGACGCCGUAGCGGCGGCGGCAACGGGUGGCGCCAUGGCGAUGGUGGCGGCGGCGGCGGUCCUGCUGCUGUGCGCCUUCAUCUACGCGGCGUGGCUGUCGCCGGCCGCGGCAAGGCGCCGCCUCCGUGGUGCGGGCUUCGACGGUCCCCGCCCGUCUUUCCCGUUCGGCAACCUCCCUGAGAUCACGGCCACGCUGCAGGCCUCCGCCGCCGCCAGCGCCAGCGCCAGCGCCAGCAACAAGCCGCCGUCCUCCGCCGUCUCCAGCGACAUCCACGCCGCCGUGUUCCCCUACUUCUCCCGCUGGCGCGAGUCCUUCGGCAAGGUCUUCGUGUACUGGCUCGGCACGGAGCCGUUCCUGUACGUGGCCGACCCGGAGUUCCUCAAGGCCGCCACCGCCGGCGCGCUGGGCAAGCGGUGGGGGAAGCCCGACGUGUUCCGCCGCGACCGCAUGCCCAUGUUCGGCCGCGGCCUCGUCAUGGCCGAGGGCGACGAGUGGGCACGCCACCGCCACAUCAUCGCGCCGGCCUUCUCCGCCACAAACCUCAACGACAUGAUCGGGCUGAUGCAAGAGACCACAUCCAAGAUGGUCGCCGAGUGGAGCGCCGCGGUGGCGUCCGGCGGCGGCGUGGUGGACGUGGAGCGUGGCGUGGUCCGCAACGCCGCCGAGAUCAUCGCCAAGGCGAGCUUCGGGGUGGCGGACGACGAGGCCGGCGCGCGGGUGUUCCUCAAGCUGCAGGCCAUGCAGGCGAUGCUGUUCCAGUCCAACCGCCUGGUCGGGGUGCCGCUGGCGCGCCUGCUGCACGUGCGCAAGACCUACGAAGCCUGGCGCCUGGGCCGGGAGAUCGACGCCCUGCUCAUGGAGAUCAUCGACGCGCGCCGCCGCAGCCGCCGAGCAGCCGGCGGCAAGGACCUGCUGUCGCUGCUGCUUGCCGGCACGGCGGCCACGGCCAACAACAAGCGGCUGCUGACGACGCGGGAGCUGGUGGACGAGUGCAAGACCUUCUUCUUCGGCGGGCACGAGACGACGGCGCUGGCGCUGUCGUGGACGCUGCUCAUGCUCGCGGCGCACCCGGACUGGCAGGACGCGCUGCGGGAGGAGGUGAUCCGCGAGCUCGGCGACGGCGACCAUCUCGACGCCGCCGCGCUUGGUCGCCUCACCAAGAUGGGGUGGGUGAUGAGCGAGGUGCUGCGCCUCUACCCGCCGUCGCCCAACGUGCAGCGGCAGGCGCUGGAGGACGUGACGGCGGCGGAAGGCCGCAAAAAAUCCGCCGCCGCCGCCGCCGUCAUCCCGCGCGGCACCAACAUGUGGGUGGACGUGGUGGCCAUGCACCACGACGUGGAGCUGUGGGGCGACGACGCGCACGAGUUCAGGCCGGAGCGGUUCGGCAGGGACCCCGUGCAGGGCGGGUGCCGCCACCGCAUGGGCUUCCUCCCCUUCGGAUUCGGCGGCCGCAUCUGCGUGGGGCGAAACCUCACGGCCAUGGAGUACCGCGUCGUGCUGGCCAUGCUGCUGCGCCGCUUCCGACUGUCCGUGGCGCCCCAGUACAGGCACGCGCCCAAGAUCAUGCUCUCGCUCAGGCCAUCCAAUGGCAUCCAGCUCCACCUCACACCACUAGAUCAGGUGGUUGCUGCUGCUGCUGCUGCUGCCACGUCAUCGUCGGCCUAGCUAGCUAGCUCUAUCUGGUCAUCACAUCUAUCAUGUCGACUUAAUAAUUUGAUUAACUAAUUAUAUAGCUGGCGUACUAAGUUGUGCUCCACUCCACUUAGUAUACAGAGAUAAACAGAUAUAGAGAAUUACUUACAUAGGAGUAUGUUUAUAUAUA